GCUCAGAUAGGGACGGGAGUCACCCGGAUCCGCCGCUGCUUUCAUCUGCCACCCGGGCAGCUCUUCUCUGCGCGAAAGGCGCCUGUUACACUCCAUGCGAGCCGGAGCGGAAGGCAGGGCUAGCUAGUAGCUGCAUAGCUCGGAGGGAGUGUGGCGGCGGCAGCAGCAGACCCCAAGCCAGCGUAGGCUCGGAGCAGCCUCUGCCCAGCCAUCCCUAGAGCUGCGAGGAAGAGACUCGCUUACCGUGCAGCCGAAACGCAACCCGACAAGAGGGCACAGCAAAAGGCAAAGAGGAAGCCAAACAAAGGAGAGGGACGCGGCUGCAGGGGAGGUGAGUGGCUGGCUGGCCGAGGCUCGGCUCGGGUCUGCUCUCUGCUUCUCCAGUUAGCACUUCAUUGCUCAGGGGCGGUCAUGUAUGGGGGUGAGUCCUCUUCCCAAAUAAUCCGCCCGCGCCUGCUUCCCUUCCGCAAAGGCUGCCUCAAGUGCUGCUGAUAGCAUGGCGCGCUCUGCCUCCCAGCUGAAGGCGACUCAACAAAGGUGUAAAGGGGGCGGGGGGCGGAAGGGGAUAUUGUAAUUAGGAGAAAAAACAAAUUACCAAUAAAUCUUGGCGGGGAGGGUGGAUGGCUACAGCGUUGUGGCGUCGGCGGCCACUCCAUGUGGGAAUCUGCUCUCGCGCCCCAUUCCCUGAUACACGGGAGUGCGCUUCCUUCUAUGCGAAAGGAGCGGUGCGAAGUGAAAAAUAAGCUGGCUACAACCUGAAGUCGCAAAAAGCAUUGCAACCGCAAGCGGGAAAGCUGGAGAAAAUAGGAAGCAUUGCGUAGUGGUGCUUUAACUGGUCCGUAGUGAUGUCGGGAGCCGGAAUGUGUGGUUUAUGAGUCGUGGCUGUACCUCCAUCUUCUUCAGAAAGCAAGACUCAUUCAGCGCGUAUGCCGAGCUGGCUGAUGAAGACAGCAAAUCACAUGCUGCCAGCAUGUUCUGAUUCCCCAUCAAGUUAAAGACUUAUUUCCUGGAAGAAGCAGAUUAUACAUGGCUGCAAAUGGAAAUACUUGGUUACUGUGUGCAAUCCAAGAACUGAAGGAAAACCUCUCAUUUUUAUGAUGUUGUGGACAAUACCUUGAGUCAAGACUGCUUCUCUUGCAUCAAUUUAUAUUGUGUUGUGGAAGGAAAAGCAUAACAGAAGAAAUUCUAAUUUAUUUUCUGUUGGACCACAGCACAUUUGAUUUAAGUACUUGAAAGUGCUGCUGUCACCCAGAUUUGGAGCUUUGUGUCUUGCUCCUUGUGUUGGGGGUUUGCACUUUGAACUGUUAACCAUGAGUGAGUUCUGGUUGUGUUUCAACUGCUGUAUUGCAGAACAGCCUCAACCUAAAAGACGGCGGCGGAUCGAUCGAAGUAUGAUUGGGGAACCAACGAACUUUGUGCACACAGCUCACGUAGGUUCAGGAGACCUCUUUAGUGGAAUGAAUUCGGUGAGCUCAAUUCAGAACCAAAUGCAGUCCAAAGGAGGCUAUGGUGGAGGCAUGUCUGCAAACGUUCAAAUGCAGCUUGUAGAUACAAAAGCAGGAUAACUCUGUGUCACUUUUCCAGUCCUUGUGAAUUCCUGUACCUUGUUUCCUGUAUCCCUCUCUUUAUGCCUUGGUGACUGCAUUCUGUGCUCAUGAUGAGAGAAGUGAUGGCUCAUCACCCACCCCUUGUGAUUAUGCCAGUGACACAUUCCUGUUCUACCGUGAGGAUGACAUUUAUCAGACUGGUCUCGUCGUGCCUUCCCAGUGGCAUGCAUACAUCUCACUGCUACCAAAACAUCUGUGGACAUAGUAUUGGUUGAUUUUUUCUUUUUUUCUCUCUCAGCUUUUUAAAACAAUAUUUCAGGCAAUCUAAACAUAGUUUGUUGUUCGGUUGGAUUUAUUUUUUACUUCCUCUGAGAUUCCUAGACUAUAGCAUUUUCAUCUGUGAGCGGUUUUUUUUUAAAAAAAUCAUUUCCUUCUCUGUAAAUUAGAAGCAAGCAAGUUGUUCAUGAUUCAUUGAAUAUGACAUUGUUAGUACAGGUCUUUUUUUGUUUGUUUUAAAGGUCUGGGACCUGCAAGCACAAGGAUUGUUUGAUGCAUCUAUGACCGCAUGCUUUGUGAAUCUGCUUGAUAUGGUGGCCUAUAUGGUGCCAAAUCUUUUUUUUUUUUUAAGAAAUGCUUGAUCUUGCAGAUGGAUGAUACUAUUGCUGAUUUAAAAGUUUUGCAGAGUUUUCCAGAUCAUGCCAGUCUGUCUAGGAAAAGGACUUGUAACUUUUAGCUGCUUUGGAAAUAUAUUGUCGUAGAUUUUGAUCUAACUGGUCUUGAAAUAAUAAAGAAGAGAGCUCGCGUUCAUAAGGCUAUUUUGUUGUAAAUGUUCAGUAUAUUUAUUUUGAAAGAGCUGACCUCAAGAUUGUAAGCCAGUGUAGUAAUGUACAUACUAAACGUUGUGGUGGCAUUUUUGUCUGCUUAAAGAAGCAUUGUUUAUAUUGGCUGCUUUUUUCAUUUUUAAAAAAGAAAAUGCUUAAUUUUAGGCCAUACCGGCAUUUCCAGUAGCAGCAUGUUGAACUGCCUGCAAUAUUAUAGCUGGAAUUUAGUUGACCUCUCCAAGUAGUUGGCAGUUUCCACAUACUAAAUAUUUCGGGGCCAUGUAAGUUGCUAACAGCAGCAUAGUAACCUGGCAGAAACAGAUGCCAGUGAAAACAACAUACAGGGUGGCUUUUUGCUAUAUUGGUGAAGAAGCCUUUUGCUCAGGUUCCAAAGCAUGUUCCUCUUUCACAAGGUGUGAAAACUGUGUUUUAAUAUUGCACUGUUUUUGAAAUAUUUCUGUAAGAGGUCCUUUCUCCCUCCUUUCCCACCUCAUGACCCUUUGGUCACAGGAAAUAGAAGUCAGUUGAAUGAAUACGAGAUAACCUUUUUUUUUUUUUUUAACCACACUUAGAAUCCUCCUCAUACAACAUUUUUAACAUCUUACCUGGCAGAUGAUGCAGCUGAGCCUAACUAGAAAAGUUCAUAAAGUAACAAGCACAUACAUAUACAGACAAUUUCCUGCAUAAGCCCAAUUGAUUGCAACAGGAGCCUCAUGCAGGCUUCAUUGAAAUCAGUGAGGAUUGCACAGUAGCAUCACUUUGUAGGUAAAGCCUAUUGGCAUUUUCUGUACUCCCAUUCAUUUUUUCUCAUAGACAAAGACCAGCAUGAGGGAUAUUCACAUGUAUCCUUUUUAAAAUUUUCCAAAACAUUACCUUGUUCUUAAAAGUUAAUAGGAAGACAUCCUAAUUUAAGACAAAACACUGGGUAAAAAUUCACUGAGGAUGCCAUCCAGGUACAAACAGCUGAAAUGAUGAGAAGCCAUGGCUGAGUGCAUCUAGGCAAGCUGUAAUUCCUCUCUUGUCCAUUUCUAUGAGCUGAUUUCAGGACAAAUUUGUGGUUCACUGUGCCAAUUAACUUUCUAAAGUCAGGAAAGUAUUAUGGCUAUAAUGUGACCAUUAUUGGAAAUUAGCAGAGUAGGGGAUCUGUUUUAGGUAUCUGCUGUGUCUGCACGUGCUGAUUUAUGAAGCUCAGGCUACCCUGACUAAUAUGGUGGUCUUUAUGAUCAGGAUUUUAAAUGUGUACAUUCCCAAAAUGUUCUUGGGUUUUAAAAUAAUUUUCACUUUUGUCCUCACUGACUGAAAAUAAAUUUUAGGGAUAAUUUUUUUUGUCAAAAAAGUCUUCAAGCUCAGUUGCCAGAAGAGAAGCAUAUUUUUAUAACAAGCAUACUUUUUUUGUACAUUGCGUUCAUUCUUAAAUAAUGUAAGUUCAGUGUUGUCUUGUAGACAUUAAAAGGAGAGUAUUGACUUUUGAUUCAAUAAAUGUUUUAUUUCA